CACCUCCAUUUCACACCUUCUUUCCCUCUCAUUUCCUUCCUCUCCUCCGUUCAUUUCUCUUUUGGGUCUCGCCAAAAACUUUACUUUCCCUCUUAUCUCAUGAAAGUAUGCAACCCUCUUAACCCUCUUCCUCCAUCUCCCGUGACUCCACCUCUCCCCUCAUCCUCCCUUCUCCUACCUCUGCAACUAUACCCAUUUCUCUCAUGACUUUCUCUCUUUCCCUUUACCCAUCAAUUCAGACCCCUACAUAAUGCGCUCUCCACACCCUCUCCGCAACGGCGAAACUCCUUCCCCCCACCACCGCAUCCCUGACCCUCACGCUCACUUCCACUCCACUGUAGCACUGCGGAAGAUAAGGCGAUUCAAUUUGCUGAUUCUCGUACUCCGACUCGCCACGUUCUGCUUCUCCCUCGCCUCCUUUGUUUUCAUGCUCACCAACUCCAGCGGCUCCGGUUCCCCUCACUGGUACGAUUUUGAUGCGUUCAGAUUCUCUCUCGCUGCUAACGCAAUAGUAGCUCUGUACUCCCUUUUCGAAAUGGGUGCCUCCGUCUGGGAGAUCUCCAUGGGAGUUACUCUCUUCCCCGAAAUCGUCCAAGUCUGGUUCGACUUUGGCCACGACCAGGUGUUCGCUUACCUUUUGCUGUCGACGGGCUCAGCCGGAACGGAGCUGGCCAGGACACUGAACGGGACGGUUACGUGUACGGCGACGAACGCAUUCUGCGUGCAGUCUGCUAUUGCGAUUGCGUUGGGUUUCGCCGGAUUCCUUUUUCUCGGGUUAUCGUCACUACUAUCGGGUUUUCGGGUUGUCUGUUUCAUAAUCAACGGCUCUCGUUUGCAUCUUUAGAUUUUGAUGCCUACUGUAUACCGUUUAUUUUGUUGACCGAUUUUGAUUGUAGAAUUUGUAUUCGUGCACUUGCUAUGUACAUGAAAAAUGAGAGUUAUGUUGAAUUCUUU